GUUACAUCCGGUUAAUCGCUGAACUUCCGGAAUGCUCUUUUACAGCAUGUUGGAACGUUUUAUUUAACACAAAUUUAUCCCUGAUGUUUAUUUAAAUAGUUAAUCGUUUCUGCUGACACACUUUGAUACCAAUCGACAACCGUGGCAUCUCUGGGGUGUUUCAAGGUGGUCGCCCGCCAGCCCAAGGAAGAACAAGUGACCCGGAACAUGUCUCUCGUUGACCUUGGCAAACGGCUGCUCGAUGCAGCGAAGCGUGGCGAAACCGACACGGUCCGUGCAUUGAUGUCAAACGGGGCUCCAUUCACAACAGACUGGCUAGGGACGUCUCCACUACACUUUGCUGCCCAAUAUGGUCACUGCCGGACGGCGGAGGUGCUGUUACGAGCGGGAAUCAGUCGAGACGCUCGCACAAAGGUAGACCGCACGCCGUUACAUGUGGCUGCUCAGGAGGGUCAUCUGGAGAUUGUGGAAUUACUGUUGUCAAAUUCUGCUGAUGUGGAUGCCAAAGAUAUGUUGAAGAUGACGCCACUUCACUGGGCGACUGAAAAGGGACAUCUCCAAGUUAUCGAAGUUUUACUCCGACACGCAGCCGAUGUUACUUUUGAAAACAAGUUUGAUCACACCCCUCUUGACAUCGCUAUUAGUAACGGCAGAACAGACUUGGCACAGAUAAUCCAGCUGGCUCAGCAUACUGAUUUAGCAUGCGCUGAAGGCGAAACUGUAACCAUAGAAACAACGGAAAACCAGGCCGGGGAAGGUCUCAUAGCAACAGAGGAUGAAUUGAACGACUCCGACAGUUUGAAACUUUUCACAGAGUCUGCGUCGAACUGCGACCAAAGCAGUACGUCCGUUCUGGCCACGCUGGCCGCUCUAGCCGAAGCGACGGCUCCACGAACUAACACACAGAAUGUGAGUACGUCGGAAGCGAUGAACUGGCUGGAAUCUCAAGGAAUAACAAUGAUAUCGUCGGCCGAUGGAGGACUCAUAACGUCGGCCGUCGACAACGGACAGACCGUUUCCCUGACCGAGGCUGGGAAAAUUGCUCUGAAUAUCAUUCGUCAGCAACAGGGUUUGAAAACGACGGAGUCUGAUCAGGAAAAUGACGGAACGCUCGAAACGGUCGUUGGAGAUUCAAAUCAGAAAGUAAUAACGAUAGUUGCGGAACACCCGAAUGAGAAUCUGACGACAGAAUCUGUCGACUCGAUCGUUGUGACAAUGCAGGAAGACGGGUCGGUUUCUGAAUUACCUGUUGACAUCAUCGUGGAAACGGCAGAUGAUAACGAGGAACCUGCGAGAAAGAAAAUUAAAAUCGAAGCUGAGGAUUCGAUAGAAGAGGCGUCGGUAUCUAUCCCAGAAACCCUUGUGACGGAGACUGUAGAAGGGGAGGAAGAACAGGUGGAAAUUGAGGAGGCAACUGCUGUAGAUGUUGGUGAGGAUGCCGGGCAAGGGGAGCUGCAGAAAAAAUUGGAGGAAAUACAGAGACAGGCAGACGAGUUCAAGGAACAGUUAAAGAAGAAGGAAAUGGAGGCGGAAGAUUACAAAAAACAGUUAAACAAGAUCAAGGGAAAGAAGUAGCUAGCCACUGUAAACUCUUUAGAAAAUGAGGUGGUUAACAACUGCGAACUCUUUAGAAAAUGAGGUGGUUAACAACUGCGAACUCUUUAGAAAAUGAGGUGGUUAACAACCGCGAACUCUUUAGAAAAUGAGGUGGUUAACAACUGCGAACUCUUUAGAAAAUGAGGUGGUUAACAACCGCGAACUCUUUAGAAAAUGAGAUAGUUAACAAUUGUGUACUCUUUACAAAAGAAGAUAAUUUACAACUGCAAACACUGCAAAGAGAGUCCAGUUUUUUUUACUUAUUCUUGUAUUUGAAACAGUUCUGGUUUCAAGAACGUUUUCCUAAACGUUUUGAAGAGGCAAAAAUGUAUUUCCGUUCUAGGAUCCCACACAAGCUUGCAUAGUGGUGUGACAAGAAUGGAUUGGUUCUUGGACGUUCGUGGACACAGUUUCGAUUACAGGGUUUGUUUUCGGUUUUGUAAAAGGGGAGACAACUGUGUGAUGGAGAGAAGAUAACUUUUUGUUUUUUUUAAAUUAAUUUUUUUUUUUUAAUUAUAUAUUUUAUUAUUGUUAUGGGUUUUUUUUAAUUCUGGUGUUUGUGAUUUGAAAGAAGAAACGUUUUGUUACUGCUCUUACUAAUAUUUUAGAAGAGUGAUGUUCAAGAUUACAGUGCCACAAACUAAUGACGUCAUUAGCAAUUGGAACAGGCGACGUUGACGAUUCAAGGGUCUACAGUUAGAUUGUAGCCAGGUAUUUUUUUCAAGAAAUGCCAAAUAUACAGUUAGUUCAAGAUUACAGUGCCACACAAAAACUGAUCCACUUUGACGAAAAAGCUUCCAAUAACAUUAACAUUAAGCAAAACGGAAAUGUGUUAUCUUAUUUAUUUUUGCAUAACCCAUAACUUGGUUAUGCAAAUUUGUGUUCAAUUCUUGGAGGCUUGCACUUUUUAAGACCCUGCAACAUCAGCGUGCGAUUUUGACAAGAGUCCGGGAGACCGAGGCUCGCAAAAAUCAUAUAGAACUCUCUAGCUUUUGUAGCAUACAAACCUGCAAAUUAUUUGUACAAAUUACAUUGUAAACUGAC